AUGGUGACAAUACGGUGCCGCUUUAGAAUUAAGGAGCUAUACAAAGCAGCUAAACAAUAUAUAACAUGGAAGAUUACACAGCUGGUGCUUACAUUCCAAUCUCUUACCUACAAUGACCAUAUGAGUCGCAAUUAUGCUAUAGAUUGCUUAUUAGAGCCAAUAUUUUGGUUUGUCGAUAAUUUUGCUGGUUACCUGGGAAGGGUGUUUGUAUUUUGUGUGACAAUUCUCACGACAGCUGUGGUCGGAGUUGCCUAUUGGAUUGGUUUACCAUAUUGGUGGCAUAGGAAUCCAUAUUUAACAGUGUUUCUAGUUAUUUUUGGCAACUGGCUACUGCUUAAUAUUGUGUUCCACUACUAUAUGGGUGUGGCGACACCGCCCGGCUAUCCACCACAUGGUACAAUGCUGAUAGAAGCAGCUAGCAUAUGCAAGAAAUGUAUAUCACCAAAACCACCGAGAACACACCAUUGUUCAGUGUGUGAUAAAUGCAUUCUCGCAAUGGACCAUCACUGCCCAUGGCUGAAUAAUUGUGUGGGAUACUUUAAUGCCAGAUACUUCUACUUAUAUAUGGCGUAUAUGGUAGCUGGAGUUACCUUUGUUAUUGUAUUUGGACUUGAUAUAGGCUAUCAAGUACUUUGGGUUUACGAAGAUACAACACCGAUAAAGGAUGAACCAGAUUUGAUUGGCCACCCCCUCAGAUUAAACAAGAGCGGUGUACUUGUACCUGUUAAGGACAUACCGGAAUAUGAUGCCAUAAACUUCCCUCGCGAGCACAUUUUGCCCACACCAGAAAUAACGGAAGCUCAGCUCAUAUCUGCUGACCCUUGGAAACGAAAAGCCGUGGUCUUCAUGGCCGUGACCUGCCUCUCAGUGCUUAUUGCAUUAGGAAGUCUUGUAGUCGUGCACGGCAAGAACAUAAGCCGUGGUGAAACCAGUGUUGAGAAGUAUAUAAAUGAAGGUAUGAGGAAAAAAUAUAAUUCAUUCAGAAACCCAUACAACUUUGGAAGGAGGAAAAAUUGGAGGAACUUCCUCGGCUUAACACAAGGUAGGACUGUUCUACGGCAUGUGCUGUUACCAUCACCACAUGCCCCAACUGGGAAUGGUCUUGCAUGGCAUACUAUUAACAGUGACUUGGAAGACUGGCCAUAG